AUGCAUGAUAUUUGCAAUUACGACACAUACUUCGUUAAGAAGUAUGAUGCUAUUAGGGUUUUGGGUCUUCUUCAGGAGCAAAAACUUAUAGCUGCUUUGCGGAUGCUUGCGUAUGGGGCAUCUAUAGAGCAGGUGGAUGAGAUUGCGUGGAUGAGAAAAUCCACUAUCCUAGAGUGCUUGGUCGGAUUUUGUGAUGCAAUAUAA